AUGGCGGUCUUUACCUUCGACGAAGACGAUGCGCAGCUCCCUGCACCAAGGACGCAGGGGCCUGUGCCUACCAUGAGCUACGCCGACGUCGCUGCGAGCGAGAAGAUGGCGCUGGACGCGCCCCAGGUGCCCCUCCACGUUGGUACCCCGCCGAUAAAUAUUGUGUCGCCAGGAUCGAAGCGCGCAGUGCUGCUCCCAGCAGAGAAGCAGCCUCAAGGACCGGAGAAGUUGGAUUUCGACAUGGUCAUGAAGAAGGCGCAGAAGAACAAGAAGAAGAAAAAGAAGACACUGAAGGGCGCACCGGCCGCAAACAUCACGCGCGGUUUCCACACACCCGUCACUUCCGGAGGAGAAGAGUCGGACUACUCCAUGGCUGCUACUCCGCGCUUCGGACCCGCUAUCUCUGGACUUCCCAGCGUCACCAGCAGCCCUUCGCUCAGGCCCAUUUCUUCCAUGGGAGGCAUUAGCAGUCUGAAGGCCCAGCUUGAGUCGUUGAACCUUGCGCCGAGGGAGGAUUCACCGCUGAAGGGAGUUUCUAUGUCUCGAGUUGUAUCUCAACUGUCCAGCAACACCAGCAUGUCCGGGUUGGACAGCGACAGUGACCGCACCGAGAUGGAGAGCUACGAGGUGAACCUUGAUGAGGAUUUCAGCAUGGAUGCGACGUCGAAGGCCUCGACCAUGCUCAACAGCGGCAUGUCGCGCAAGAUGACGGCUGAUGACUUUGAGCCCUUGAUGUGUCUUGGAAAGGGCAGCUACGGUACCGUGCUACUGGUCAGGCAGCGUGCAACUGGUCGACUUUUCGCCCAGAAGCAGUUCAAAAAGGCCUCGAUCACAGUGCAUAAGAAGCUGAUCGAGCAGACCAAGACCGAGCGCAGCAUCCUGGAGAGCGUCAACCGACACCCGUUUAUUGUCAACUUGUACUACGCUUUCCAGGAUCACGAGAAACUCUACCUCAUUCUUGAGUACGCUCAGGGCGGUGAGCUCUUCCAUCACCUUGCUGCUGAGCGCAUGUUUUCGGAAGACGUGGCAGCCUUCUAUAUGGCUGAGAUGGUACUCGCUCUCGAUCACCUCCACCGCACCGUUGGCGUCAUCUACCGUGAUCUGAAGCCCGAGAACUGCCUGUUGGACUCAGAAGGCCACCUGCUUCUAACGGACUUUGGUCUCAGCAAAGUCUCCCUGGAUGAGGACAACCCAUGCAAGUCGUUCCUCGGCACCGUCGAGUACAUGGCCCCUGAAGUUAUCCAGGGCGUAGACUACGGGGCAGCAGUGGACUGGUGGUCGCUUGGAGCGCUCGGGUUCGAUCUGCUCACAGGCGCCCCUCCCUUCUCUGGCAACAACAACGCCAAGAUCCAAGAGAAGAUCCUCAAGUCCAAAGUUGCCCUGCCCUAUUACCUCAGCCUUGACGCAAAGGACCUCCUUACUCGUCUGCUGCGCAAAGAGCCCAAGAAGCGCCUUGGUUUCAACAUGCCCAAGGACUUGCAGACCAUCAAGAACCACCGCUUCUUCCGCAAGAUCAACUGGAAGAAGCUGGAGGCGCGGGAGUUGGAGCCACCGAUCAUCCCGCUCAUCACCGACCCAGAGCUUGCGGAGAACUUCGCCCAGGACUUUACCGAUCUGCCGCUUAGUCCGGUGUUGACGAAGAAGUUUGACGACUUGAUUAGCGAUGCACAAUCGAACCCAUUCGGAGGCUUCAGCUUUGUGGCCAGCGAAAGUUUGUUGGAGUGCGGAGAGUGGGGCUUUUGA